AUGGCAUUCCUUUCUUUGUUCUUCCAUGUAAUACUAUUGCUGGUAUGCCCUACAACGCUUGCCGAAAAUCAAACCGAUCACCUUGCACUCCUGGCCAUCAAGUCGAGCAUCACUGAUGACCCACAACAUGUUCUUGACUCAUGGAACACCUCCCUUCAUUUCUGCCAAUGGCAAGGUGUUACAUGUGGUCGUCGGCAUCCUAGACUCACCAAACUAGACCUUGGAUCUCGAGGCCUCGUUGGUUCUUUGUCUCCACAGAUUGGGAACUUGAGUUUUCUCAGAGUAUUAAGACUAGAGAACAACAUCUUCAAAGGUGUAAUCCCACCUCAAGUCGGCAAUCUAUUCAGGUUGCGUAAGCUAAUUCUCAUCAACAAUUCUUUUGAAGGUGAAGUUCCAGCAAGUCUUUCAAACUGCACUAGACUUAACGUUCUUGGGUUGGCUCGCAAUAAACUAUCUGGCAAGCUCCCACAACAGCUUAGUUCCCUGGUCAACCUCAUGAUCAUAACCAUCCAUAAUAACGGUUUCAUGGGAGUAGGGCUGUAAACGAACCGAACGAACACGAACAAGCCCUUGUUCAUGUUCGUUCGUUAAGGAAAUAAAUGUGUUCACGAACGGUUCAUGAACACUUACC